CUAUAUAUUUCAGCAUGGAUACUAACCAGAUAUAUCCGGGUGUGAUUUGCACACCCGUAGACGUCGUCAUCUCACAAGGAGCCUCCCGACAUGGGGAGCAGCGCAGUUUAUUUCUGCUUCAUUUCAGCUCUGGUGCUCAAUGCAUAAGAAUGCACAGACAGAAUGUGACGUAAACAGACUGAUCAGAUGUGGUCGAACCUUCUUAGACAUAAGAGAUACCGACAUACAGGAACUAUGCAGGACCUACAUGAAGUACAAGGAGUGUGUGUUCGGUGUUGUGGGAUGUAACGGCGCAGAAACCGUCGCUCAGGUCGAGACACAGUUGGCACGGACCGGAACCGACAUAAAGAAACUGUGCUCUGCCAGUGUGACGUCAACAAAAGUUCCUGAAGACGGCACACGAUUUCCGGGUGAAUGCAACGUCUUCGACAUCUACUCCUGUGUCAACGUCUUCAUUGAUGACGUUCAGCAUGCUGGAAAUGAUUCCGAGAUAAUAUGUUCGGUUGCCCACCGGUUUGUGACGUGUCUCAACAGAUUGACACCUUGCAUUGACAACCCUGUCUUCACACAAGCCAUACUGACUCUCGAACAGAGGAAUCUGCGCAGUUCAUGUUUAUACGCGGUCAGCUUCGUGAAGUCAAGUUCUUCAAGUUCCCAUGGCAACCUAUAUGCCAGUAUUGCAUCCAAGCUGCUCUUCAUCGUCUGGAUGUUGAAGUUCAACUAAAGACCGCAAUAAAGGCGAUAAUGUACAUUGUAAAUCACAACA